UCGAGUAUGAAACGGAGCAGAUCAAUCUCCAGCAACCCAACACCACCAACUCAACAAAAGUGGACAGAUUUCUUGAGUUACAUUCUCAGAAUACUUUAUUCCUUUGAUGGCCUUCUUACAACAUAGAACUAAUCUCAUGGCCCUCCCUCCAGUCCCCACCCACAAAAUCUUAGAGCAGGAUAAAAGGCAGAUUUUUAUGCCAAAUCCUGGAGAGCAAAAGAUGACUAUGUUCUAAUCCCUUCAGUCAAGAAACUCAAAAUCUGGUGCAGGAGAUAAACACCUCAUCAAGGAACUCUUACAGGUGUUCCAAGAUGUACAUGUAAUGAUAUUUGUUGGGUUUGGCUUCCUCAUGACCUUCCUGAAAAAUUAUGGCUUCAGUAGUGUGGGCAUCAAUCUACUCAUUGCUGCUUUGGGCCUCCAAUGGGGCACUUUUAUGUGGGGGAUCGUGCACAACCAUGGACAGAAAAUUCACAUUGGAAUCAAAAACAUGAUAAAUGGAGACCUCAGUACAGCCACAGUCUUGAUUUCUUUUGGAGCUGUCCUGGGAAAAAUAAGUCCAACCCAAAUGCUGGCCAUGACAAUACUAGAAAUUGCUGCCUUUGUUGGCAAUGAAUAUCUGGUUGGUGAGAUAUUUAAGGCCUCUGACAUCGGAGCAUCAAUGACCAUCCAUGCUUUCGGGGCAUACUUUGGCUUGGCGGUAGCAGGCAUCCUGUAUCAGCCAAGCUUGAGAAAGGGGCACGAGAUGGAGAAGUCUGCGUACCACUCAGAUCUCUUUGCCAUGAUUGGAACUCUUUUCCUGUGGAUGUUUUGGCCCAGCUUUAAUUCAGUCAUCGCUGAAACUGGAGAGAAACAGUACAUGGCCAUCGUAAAUACAUACUUCUCUCUUGUCGCCUGUGUGCUCACAGCCUAUGCAUUUUCCAGCCUUGUGGAAAAGAGAGGCAGGCUUGAUAUGGUUCACAUUCAGAACGCAACCCUUGCUGGAGGAGUUGCUGUGGGCACCUGUGCAGACAUGAAGAUCCACCCGUAUGGUUCUAUGAUCAUUGGGAGCAUUGCAGGAAUCGUCUCUGUGUUUGGGUUCAAGUUCCUGACUCCAUUUUUUACCACUAAACUGAGGAUCCAUGAUACAUGUGGUGUUCAUAACCUGCAUGGCUUACCUGGUGUGGUAGGAGGCCUCGCAAGCAUUGUGGCGAUAGCCUUGGGAGCAUCUAAGACGUCUACCAUGGCCAUGCAGGCAGCUGCUCUAGGUUCUUCCAUCGGAACGGCAGUUGUUGGAGGGCUGAUCACAGGUUUAAUUCUCAAGUUCAUUGUCCGUGGACAACCAUCUGAGAGGAACUUCUUUGAUGAUUCUGUUUAUUGGGAGGUCAGCAAACAAGACAAUCAUCAGCACAUGUGACAAACACAACCAUCCGGAACCUAAAGACCAAACACCUCCUGUGCCCCAGCUUCCUUUUCCAUUAUCUAGAAUCGUGUUUAAAUUUUUUAAAGGCAGCAUCCAACGAGAACAUUGAACAGAAUGGAUAGGUCCUGAGCCCCAAAUGUCCACUGUAAAAAUUCUUCACACAGACUGGUGCUAUCUCUUGAUACUCAAUGAUUGUUUAGUUGGAAGGAUGUGGCUUAUGAAACAGAUGUUCAAAUGGAUUCUCUUUAGGACUCCCAGACUACUUCUGCCAGUGGGUUGGUAUAGGGUGAAAUUCCAUGUAUACUCUUGUAUAUAUUUUUUUCCAAUAGAGGUAAAUUUACAAAGAAAUCAACACACUCUGAUUAUGUAAGAUUCUUAAUAUGCAUACUAUGUCUUCAAUCCCAAAAUUGUAAAACUGAAGCCAAUAAUAUAAUAUAUAAUAAAUCUAUAUAAGAAAUAUGAAAGAAAAGUAUUGUGUAAAGCAAGAAUAUAAUUGUUUUGGUGGUGCUUUUUGAUUUAAAAAUAGUCUAGUUAGUAAUGUUAUGUCUUUGCUUGAAUUCUUGUCCUAAAUUCCUUUUGCAUGUUUACUAUUUGCAACAAGAGCUCAAAUGCUAUCUGACCAAAGUCUAUUUUGUAUAAAAUUCCAAUAAAUUAAAUGUUAUUUUAUUAUAAAUUAAAACAUUGUCUUUGGCUCUCC